GCCCACUGCCAUUCAUUUCCUCCCCUUCUUCCUCCCCCGCCCGCACUCAAACAAAAAGUUUUUCUCAUCCAAUGGAACUUUCAUGGAAAUUAGGUGUUUUCUUCAUAAUCAUACCCACCCACUAGGAUCCAAUGGAACUUUUUGAUACUUGGUUGGCACUCAAGGCUACCCUUCCUUCCCCGAAAUUUCUAGCGACCUUUCCUCGAACCUUUUUCCCUACUCACCUCCCUAGGCUUUUCUCAAGAAAUAGCUUAAAUGCUAAGCAACCCCACCUCCUAGCCUGAAGAGAAGUCAAGCUUCAAAAUCUUUUGUUGUUUUGACAUGAAAAAAGAGGGGAAAAAAACAAACAUGACUUCUGCAAACACCCAAAUCGUCUCUUAUUCUCCUUCUUCUUCUUCGAAAUCCACCCAUCAAUUCACUUAUGAAGUCUUCUUGAGUUUCAGGGGAGAAGACACCCGCUAUGGUUUCACCGAUCAUCUUUAUGAGGCUUUCAUUUCCCAUGGAAUUCGCACCUUUAGGGAUGACGAAGAACUUGAGAGAGGAGGAAUGAUCGCGUCUGACAUCCUGAAUGCUAUCGAAGAAUCAAAGAUUUUUGUUAUCAUUUUUUCGGAAAACUAUGCUACCUCCAGGUGGUGUCUAGAUGAACUCGUAAGGAUCUUCGAGUGUACUGCAACAGAGAAGCGACUAAUUCUACCAGUUUUCUACCAUGUGGAUCCAUCAGAAGUGGGGGAACAGUCAGGAAGCUAUGAAAAAGCAUUUGUUGAUCACGAAAAAGAAGCAGAUGAGGAGAAAAAGGAGGAGAUACAAAAGUGGAGGAUUGCCUUGAGAAAAGCAGCCAAUCUAGCUGGAUAUGAUCUACAAAAAUAUGGAUAUGAGACAAGACUUAUUAAGGAAAUUAUUGAUGUCAUCCUCAGAGAAUUGAAUUCCAAACUCUUACUACAUGUUAGCAAGAACAUAGUUGGAAUGAAUUUUCAUUUGAAAGAAUUGAAAUCAUUGAUAAAAAUUGAGUCAAAUGAUGUUCGCAUGAUUGGGAUUUAUGGGCUUGGUGGAAUUGGUAAGACCACAAUCGCCAAAGUUGUUUAUAAUAAUAUCUCACAUCAAUUUGAGAGUAGAAUCUUCCUUGAAAAUGUUAGAGAAAGAUCUAAGGACCACUCAAGUUUACUUCAAUUACAGAAAGAACUUCUUAAUGGUGUCGCGAAGGGAAAAUAUCUAAAAAUAAGUAAUAUUCACGAGGGGGUUAAUGUGAUAAGAAACAGAUUUCUCUCAAAAAGGGUUCUUCUUAUUCUUGAUGAUGUAGACAAAUCGGAGCAAUUACAAUUCUUAGUUGGAGAGCAUGGUUGGUUUGGUCCUAGAAGUAGAAUCAUCAUAACAUCUAGAGAUCAACAUUUGCUGGAAGAGUAUGAAAUGGAUGCAUCAUAUGAAGUUAAGGUGUUGGAUUAUGAGGAAUCGAUGCAACUUUUUUGUCUACAUGCCUUUAAACAAAACAUUCUUAGAAAAGAUUAUGUAGACCUCUCAAAUGAUGUGGUAAAUUAUGUUAAUGGCCUGCCCUUAGCUCUUGAAAUUUUGGGUUCUUUCCUUUUCAAUAAAAGCAAGCUUGAGUGGGAAAGUACAUUACAAAAACUAAAAAGAAAACCUAACAUGAAUGUCCAAAAUGUGCUUAAGAUAAGUUUUGAUGGAUUAGAUGAGAUAGAGAAAGAGAUAUUUCUUGAUGUGGCAUGCUUCUUCAAAGGAUGGAAUGAAACUGAUGUUACAAGGCUGCUUGACCAUGCAAAUAUUGUAAUAAGAGUUCUUAGUGACAAGUGUCUAAUAACACUUUCACAUAAUAUCAUAUGGAUGCAUGAUUUGGUACAAGAAAUGGGUAGAGAAAUUGUUCGACAGAAUCAUCCUAAAGAGCCUGGGAAAUGGAGUAGAUUGUGGGACCCUGAAGACAUUUGCCUUGUAUUGAGAAGAAAAAUGGGGACGGAAGCAAUUGAAGGGAUAUUUCUAGACAUGUCUAGAUCAAGAGAGAUCUCAUUUACUACUGAAGCUUUCAGAAGGAUGGAGAGACUUAGAUUAUUCAAAGUUUAUUGGAGUCAUGGUUUUGUUAAUUAUAUGGGAAAGGAGUAUCAAAAGUUCCUCCUUCCUGAAGACUUUGAAAUUCCGUCACAUGAUUUAAGAUAUCUUCAUUGGGAAGGAUACUCUUUGAAAUCCUUGCCCUCAAAUUUUCAUGGAGAGAACCUCAUUGAACUCAACUUGAAGCAUAGCAAUAUAGAGCAGCUUUGGCAAGGGAAAAAGUAUCUUGAAGAGUUAAAGAUGUUGACUUUAUCAGAAUCUCAGCUGCUGAACGAAAUACCACAUUUCUCAAAUAUGCCAAAUUUGGAGCAACUAAAUAUUGAACUUUGUGAAAAGUUGGAUAAGGUUGACUCUUCGAUUGGUAUCCUGAAGAAGCUUACUUUAUUGAAUUUAAGAGGGUGCCAAAAGAUUAGUAGUUUGCCAAGUACCAUUCAAUACUUGGUUUCUCUUAAAAGGCUUUAUUUACAUUCUAUUGCUAUUGACGAAUUGCCCUCCUCAAUACAUCAUCUCACCCAACUUCAAACACUAUCUAUUAGAGGAUGCGAAAAUUUGAGGAGUCUUCCAAGCAGCAUUUGUAGGUUGAAAUCCCUUGAAGAACUUGAUCUCUAUGGUUGUUCAAACUUAGGGACUUUUCCAGAAAUCAUGGAGAAUAUGGAAUGGUUAACGGAGCUUAAUUUAAGUGGCACGCAUGUAAAAGGGCUUCCAUCAUCAAUUGAAUAUCUAAAUCAUCUCACCCGUUUGGAGUUAAGAUGUUGCAAAAAUUUGAGGAGUCUUCCAAGCAGCAUUUGGAGGUUGAAAUCCCUUGAAGAACUUGAUCUCUUUGGUUGUUCAAACUUGGAGACUUUUCCUGAAAUCAUGGAGGAUAUGGAAUGCUUAAUGGAGCUUAAUUUAAGUAGAACGUGUAUAAAAGAGCUUCCACCAUCAAUUGGAUAUCUAAAUCAUCUCACCUUUUUGGGGUUACAAUGUUGCCAAAAUUUGAGGAGUCUUCCAAGCAGCAUUUGUAGGUUGAAAUCCCUUGAAGAACUUGAUCUCUAUUAUUGUUCAAACUUGGAGAUUUUUCCAGAAAUCAUGGAGAAUAUGGAAUGCUUAAUUAAGCUUGAUUUAAGUGGAACGCAUAUAAAAGAGCUUCCAUCAUCAAUUGAAUAUCUAAAUCAUUUGACUUCAAUGAGGUUGGUGGAGUCUAAAAACUUAAGGAGUCUUCCAAGCAGUAUUUGUAGGUUGAAAUUCCUUGAAAAACUUAAUCUCUAUGGUUGUUCACACUUGGAGACUUUCCCGGAAAUCAUGGAGGAUAUGGAAUGCUUAAAGAAGCUUGAUUUAAGUGGAACAAGUAUAAAAAAGCUUCCAUCAUCAAUUGGAUAUUUAAACCAUCUUACUUCUUUUCGUUUGAGUUACUGCACAAACUUAAGGAGUCUUCCAAGCAGCAUUGGUGGGUUGAAAUCCCUUACAAAACUCUCUCUUAGUGGCCGUCCAAACAGGGUCACAGAGCAGUUGUUUCUAAGCAAAAACAAUAUUCAUCACAUACCUUCUGUUAUUUCUCAACUUUGUAAUCUGGAAUGCCUUGAUAUUAGUCACUGCAAGAUGCUUGAAGAAAUUCCAGACCUUCCAUCAAGUCUAAGAGAAAUAGAUGCACAUGGUUGCACAGGCUUGGGAACUUUAUCAAGUCCAUCAAGUCUUCUAUGGUCUUCUCUCCUCAAAUGGUUCAAGAAAGUUGAGACUCCUUUUGAAUGGGGAAGAAUUAAUCUAGGAAGUAAUGGAAUUCCCAGGUGGGUACUGCAUCAGGAAGUGGGAAGCCAAAUAAGAAUAGAGCUUCCUAUGAAUUGUUAUCAUGAUGACCACUUCCUUGGAUUUGGAUUUUUUUGUCUUUAUGAACCAGUAGUGGAUUUAAAUUUAUCUUUGAGAUUUGAUGAAGAUUUAGAUGAAAAAGCAUAUGCUUACAAGGGUGCUUCCUGGUGUGAAUGCCACGACAUUAAUAGUAGUGAAUCAGAUGAAGUGUGGGUGGUGUACUGUCCUAAGAUUGCUAUUGGGGACAAGUUGCAGUCCAAUCAAUAUAAGCAUCUUCAUGCCUCAUUUGAUGCUUGUAUUAUUGAUUGUUCGAAGAAUAUUAAAAGUUGCGGGAUCCAUCUUGUAUACUCUCAAGACUAUCAGCAGAAUCAUAUCUCAUUGUUGGAUUUUCGUGGCACCCAAGAUGAUGAAGACAACCAUGUGCCCAUGUUGAAUUUUCCUAAGAAUUCUGCUGACAACAGAUCAACAGCAAAAGACAUUAAGCGAAGCCAUGAUGAUGCAGUACAUGACCAAGCAGAGGAACCAUACCAUAAAAGAUUGAGAGAAUCCAACACCUAUCUCAACUUUUAAACUCAAUCACUAGGAUUGUGGAUUGCAAUUAGAAGAAGGCAUAUGGGUUAGAGUUUCAAUGAGUUCCUUGUCUUAAUGCUGCGUCAAGCUUCCCAUUAAUAUUGAAGUCUCUAUCAAGAGAAAACUUUAAGGAAGGUCUUCUACAUCCCUGACGGAGUAACUCAUGGGUUCUUCAACAGUUGGCAUGAUCCCAAGAUGGGUGUUCGUGAGGCAGUUCCAAUAGUGCUCAACAUGGGUAAGUAGUUUCAUUAGGACAUUUUUACAAUAUGUUCUGAUCGUGAAAACUAGUGGAUGCUCUUUAGCCCAUUUUUGUGGCACUAAAUCAUAAGUUAUUUUCAGCAAGGAGCUUUAGAAGGGCAUUUGCUAUGCCUUUUUAAUCAUGUGGGUCAACAAGGAGUUAACUGUUAAGUGACUGGAAUAAUUAGGAGUUCCUUGUUAGAUAAAACAAGUAGGUCUAUAGAAAAGAACUAUUGAAAGAGUUCCUUGUUAGAUAAAAUAAGUAGGUCUAUAGAAAAAAACUAUUGAAAGAGUUCCUUGUUAGAUAAAAUAAGUAGGUCUAUAGAAAAAAAAACUAUUGAAACUCCAACAUAUAAAUUCUUAUGAUGAUGGGCUAGGAUCUAAAUAGGCAUAAUCCACAGGCCUGCUAGUCCAACACCUAACCAUACUAGUCUAAAAUUUACCUUGAUAAUAUCCACAAGCCCACCAUUUUUUGUAACAUCAAUAGGUAAACCAUAAGCGGCUACCUAUAAGGCAAUAAAUGGAUUAGACUGGGACCAAACUGCUCCACAAGGCAAGGUUGAUAAAAACCCACUUCAAGAGGCAAAUCCACCACAGAAGUGGUAAUGUUAGAAGUUUGUAUGUCACAAUGGAAAAUAACAAACAAAAAGGUUUACAUGUGGAACCAUAAGUAAGGAUCCAGGCUGAUUAAUUCUUGGUCUUGCUAUCAACAUGGAAGUAGUUUAAUUGGGCCAUUGAUACGCAGAGAUGAGAUGAUGGGACAUAGGUUUUCUGUUAUCUUUUGCUUUGGUACUAUAAAUUUUGGUAAGCCAUGAUCAAUAUGAAUUGUCUUGUGGUUGUUUCUAUUCAUUUCAUUAGGCUAUUGUAGUUCUUUCACAUUGUUUUCUUCAUUUGACUCUUGUACUAAUGAAGUACAUUUUUUUUUUCUACGAGUGUGCUGCCAAAAGCACAUCUGAAUGGUGGUUUAUACUUGCAAACAGAUGUUUUGUCACCCCAGAAGUCUCCAAGUAAGCAAUGGCAGGAUGCAGAACCUAUUUCCACAGAGGAUGAUGGAGUUUCUACUAUACCAGCAACUGAUGAACCAGUGCAUGUAAUCAUCGUGCUUUCUUCUUCAAAUCUAUGUUAUGUACUUUUCUUUCAACUGGGAUGAUUGGAUCUACUGACUCCUGUUUGUUAUAGUACGCUUCUUUGCUUCAAUGUUAGGCUAGUUGACCAAGUUACGCUUCUUCAAUGGAUGGAAUCAUUUAGCACAAUGAUUUUAACCAUCUCUAAGUAGUUGCUUCUAUACAAUUGGCUCACGGCCAAUGAAGGUUUUGGUGAGUGGAGCUGAGGACAUUCAUUUGGGCUUGGUUCUUCA